AACGUGGCCUUGUCAGUGCUGGGAGGACAAAGGAUUUAAGUACCAAGAGCCCGAUGCAAAACAAGACAGGGCUCAAUGAGAUGGAUGGUGAAGAGGUCAACUUCCUUCCUGCAGACUUUAAACUUUCCAAUGUGGACUUUGUUAUCAAAAUUCAGGAGCUUAAAGUUCAAGAAAGAGAGAAUGCCCUCUUUGAGUGUGUCCUGACACACCCACUACCCAAAAUCACAUGGAUGGGUAAAGGCAGCGUCCUUGAGGAUGGAGAGAAAUACAGCAUAAGUGUGUCAGACCACAAACUGAUCCACAGGCUGGUGAUCAAGGACUGCAAGCGGCAGGACAAAGGCAUCUAUUCAGCUGUGGCUGGGAUUACGUCCUGCAGUGCCUGGCUGGUUGUCGAAGCUAAGAGAGACCCUUCAUCAGGUGGUAAGAAGAUAGCUCGUAAAACUGCCUUAACUGUCGGAGCACGGACUGACCUUGAGAAAGUGGCCAGAGAGCAGCAAAUAAAAAACCAAGAGGCGAUGGAGAGGAUUUUAGCAUCAGUAAAAGCAAAACACAAAGAAGGACAACCGAAAGUCGUAAAGGCAUUAACCACCAGUGGGAGAGAUGGUGAAAUAAGUGCAGCCAUUGGACCGGGUAAAAGCAGCAGAGCGUUUAAGGAUAAGCCUAAUGCCACAAAAGCCAGCACCCCGCCCGAGUCACCAGGGAGCGGAGGAGAAGCAGAGAUCAAAAACUCAAGAGGAGACGGCACAGGAGCAUUAAAUGUAUCAAAGCGUGUAACGAAACCAGAAGUGAAACUGAGAGCGGAGGAGCCCAAGAACAACAAACACACUAAAUCGGGUCAAGUGGAUUUUGACAAGGUAACAGAUACAAAUGAAGAAGGAUAUUCUGAAGACAAUGAGGACUUCACUGGAUCUGGCAGUAAUUCAAGAUACAUAAAACAUGGUCAAAAGACAGUACAUGGAGAAAUAGGAUCCGGUGCCAAAGGUGUUGAUGUAGAGUUAAACCAGAUUCAAACACCUACUGCAAGUCAAAAUGAAGUGACUGAUUUUGAGGGAAAUAAAGAUUCUUCUGGAUCUGUCAGAUGCCAAAGGCACAAAAAGAAGGUCCAAUGGAAAGAACAUCCAUCUGAUACAACUGAAGAAGGAUAUUCUGAAGACAAUGAGGACUUUCUUGGAUCUGCCAAUAAUUCAAGAUACAUAAAACAUGGACAAGAGACAGAACAUAGAGACAUUGAUACAAAUGAAGAAGGAUAUCCUGAAGACAGUGAGGACUUCACUGGAUCUGCCAAUAAUUCAAGAUACAUGAAACACGAUCAAAAGACAAAACAUAGAGAAAUUGGAUCCAAUGGCAAAACUGUUGAUGUAGAGUUAAACCAGAUUCAAACACUUGCCACAAGUCAAAAUGAAGUGACGGAUGGAAAUAAAGAUUCUUCUGGGCAUGUCAGACGCCAAAGGCACAAAAAGAAGGUCCACUGGAAAGAACAAACAUCUGGGUCCUUUGAACAUAUUGAAAACCCACCGCACAAAGCAAAGUGUUUACUACCUGAAAACUGUGGCUCUAACACAGAUCCAGGUGAGCUGUUAAGUGACAAUGAAGCAAGUGACAGCGACGAGAAUGACGACUCUACUGGCCAGGUCAAGUGCUCGAGUGGUUCAAAGCAAAGCCAGCAGCCACAGAAAGCAGUCAAUGGUGAAGCUUCAGGUCCUGAAGAGCACAAUGAGUGUGACGAGACUGAAGAUGUAACUGGUUCUGCCACACAUUCAAGGCGUAAGAGACAAGGCCCACUGAUAGAAGACAUAGUGAUUGACCCAGGAGUUCAUUUCAUCUGUGGUCUGUCUGACGUCAGCGCUAUCAUCAAUGAGACUGCUGAGUUGACAUGUAAGCUCAGCAGUGAAGAGUGCGAGGGAGUCUGGUUCAGAGACGGCAAAAAGAUAUCACCAGAUGACAAUUUCGCUAUCACUAAAGAUGGUGCAAUCCAUAAAUUAGUCAUAAUCAGGUGCGAGGAAGAGCACUCUGGGAAAUAUCGUUUUGAGGCAGACGGUCGUAAAACAGAGGCGAUGGUCAACGUCAAAGAUCCCCCGAGGUUUUACCCUGACGACCUCAGUGCUUUCACGGAGCCCGUGACAGUUAAAGUGGGGCACAAUGCCAUCUUCAAAAUGCAUUUUGUUGGCCAUGAGCCCAUAAAGAUUCAGUGGUACAAAGAGGGAGAAGAGCUCCAGGAUGACAACAAUACAAAGACAGAGAAAUGUGGGAGUCACAGCCGCUUGCUCCUGAGCAGGUGUCAGAGAAAGGACACAGGAGAGAUCAAGAUCAAGCUCAAGAACGAACACGGCUUCAUUGAGGCAAUUUCACAGCUAAUUGUGCUCGACAAACCCACGCCACCCCUGGGUCCUGCAGAGGUAAUUGAGAGCUCAGCUUUAUGUAUUGAAUUUAGGUGGAGGCCUCCAAAGGAUGAUGGUGGCUCACCAGUGAUUAACUACAUAAUGGAGCGACAGCAAGUGGGACGUAACACCUGGAAGAAAUUAGGGGAAAUCCAAGGAAAUCCCAGCUACCGCGAUACAGACGUGGACCAUGGCCGGAAAUAUUGUUACCGUAUCCAGGCAGUGACUGCGGAGGGCACAAGCGAAAUGAUGGAGACUGAUGAAAUGCAAGCCGGCACACUAGCUUUUCCGGGCCCUCCAGCACCUCCAAAGGUGGUCAGUGCCUAUGACGACUGUGUCAACAUUUCCUGGGAUUCACCAAGUAACCGAGGUGGUUCACGUAUCCUCGGUUAUAUUUUGGAGAAACGCAAGAAGGGGAGUAAUCUCUGGACUGUUGUCAAUGCCAUGGAUGAACUCAUAAAAGAGAAGAAAUAUGCAGUGAAAGAUGUUGUGGCAGGUAUGGAAUAUGAAUUCAGAGUUACGGCCAUAAACCUCUCAGGAGCUGGUGAAUUUAGCAGCCCAUCAGAGUUUGUUUUUGCACGGGAUCCCAAGAAGCCUCCCGGUAAAGUUACAAGCCUGAAGGUGACAGAAACUUCUUACAGCCACUUGGUCCUGACUUGGACCAAACCUGAGGAUAAACCGGGGAUACAGGAUGAAGCAAAAGGAUAUUUUGUUGAGAUUCGGCAGGCAGACUGCAUUGAAUGGUCCCGUUGUAAUACCACCCCCAUCAUCACGACUUCCUUCAGUGUGAAAGGCCUUAAGUCCAUGGACACGUAUUGGGUGAGAGUGAUUGCGACUAAUGACGGAGGAGAGAGCGCUCCUGAGGAGCUGGCCAACUAUGUCCUUGCAAUGCCCUCACCUGUGAGGCCAAAGUUCACAAACCACAAGAUGAAGAGUUUCAUAGUAGUGAGAGCAGGAAACUCUGUCAGGAUCACAGUGAACUUUGAGGCCUCCCCACGGCCAGAUAUUAUGUGGCUCAAGGAUAAUGUGCCAGUGACAAAGCGAGUUACUAUCAGCAACUCUGAUGGCUCGUCCCAGCUGCUGAUCCCCUCGUCUGAGCGCUCUGAUUCUGGCAUCUACUCCAUUUUGGUGAAAAAUCUCGCAGGACAGGAGACAUUCAGCACAGAGGUUCGGGUCACAGAUGAUCCAAAGCCUCCUGGACUGGUAGAACUGGAGGAAAAUGUGCCUGGCACAGUGACUGUGAUUUGGGAGCCUUCUCCUGAUGAGAAGCGUGAUGACCGCCUGCACUAUACAGUGUCCAAGCUGGAUUCUACCAAACGCACUUGGACCACAGUGGCUGACAGACUCUUCAAUAACAAGUUCACAGUCUGCAAUAUCAUGCAUGGGAGGGAAUAUAAUUUCCGCGUCUAUGCCAAAAACGACAUGGGCGUAUCAGCCCCCUCAGAGUCACCAACCUGGGGGAUGGAGAAGAAGAAAGAAAAGUUUGUGGUGAGUGUACCGACCAGAAAGGACUGCGAUUUGCGCUGUGCUCCGACCUUCGUUGUGCCUUUGAAGCUUCACACUGCACCCACAGGCUAUGAAUGCUACAUGAGCUGCGCAGUAAAGGGAAAUCCCAAACCUCGUGUCACGUGGUAUCGAAAUCACAUCAGCCUAAAUACUAAUACCAACUAUUACAUCUCCAACACCUGUGGAGUUUGCUCCAUGUUAAUUCUCCACGUAGGCCCCAAAGACAUGGGAGAGUAUACUGUCAUUGCAGAGAACGCCCUCGGACGGGCUGAAUGCUCCACCGUCCUCAGUGUCAGAGAGUGAAGAUGCAGAGGCUACCACAAUAUACGCAGUAUUCAUCUGAAAGUUUGGAUAUCUAUGAUAAUACCUGAAGUGGUUGUGCUCGCUGGAUGUGGUGGAAAAAGAUGAUAUAUG